CAGUCGGUAUGAUCGAGGCGUCAGAUUGAGAUUGAUUCUGUGACGCUUGCCAAACAGAGCGCACUCAAAGUUAGGAGAAGCAAGCCCCCUAGAAACCUUUUUAGGCAUGACACUGGAUGCUUACUGGUGAUAUUACUGUUCCUACUUUAUCAGAAGUGGAUUCAAGUUGAGGCUGACCAUACAACUGUGUAAUGUUUUUUGGGGAGAAAAAGUAACCUGAUGGAGUUUAUGGACGAUGCAAUCGUUUGUUCUCCUCGCUUCUCUGUGUGGAUGCGUCCUUUGCUCAGUCUGGCCUUAUCAGAUGCAGUGUUACCACUGUGAAGAGACUCUGUUGGACAAUGACUGUUCAGCUCCAAAGUUCAUUGUCAACUGCACAGCAAACAUCCAGAAUGCCUGUCAGAAGGAGGUGAUUGUGGGUGAAAAUGGUGUGAUUUACAGGAAGGCCUGUGCCUCCUUCUCCACCUGUCUGAUUGUUUCAGCAGGGUAUCAGUCUUUCUGUGUCCCAGGCCGGGUGGGUUCUGUCUGCAUUAGCUGCUGUAACACCCCCCUCUGCAACGGACCCCGCCCCCCCAGGAUCUCCCUGGCCCCCAGCCAUCCCCCCACCAGACCCACUGUGCUCCUCCUCAUCAUCACUGUUUCCAUGGCAACACUGCCCUGAUAUGGACAAUGGUAUUGGCUAGAUUGGACUGAAUGUUCUCAGGUGUGGAGGUUCCUGGUGUUGUAGCAAACACUGUCCUGGGAGAUGACUGUGGACAGAGAUUUUGCAAUCAAGGCAACAGAGCUGACUGACACAUACUGGUCCGUUGACAGGAGUGAGAAAUACAUGAGAAAUUUAGGCAGUAAAUGAAAUCUGACCCAAAAGUUUAUAAAAAUAUGUUGCAUCCAUAGUAAAUUACACAUUUUCACAUAGGGAAAUUACAUUUUAAUCAUUAUUGCAGACUGCACCGAAUCAAAUAACUAGUGUUUAUAUCCCAGAGAUGACAGGGUAUAUUCAGUACUAUACACAAUGUUUACAGUUAGGAUGACACACAACUGGUGUACAAAGAAAUUAGGAACACUUUCUAAUAUUAAGUUACACCCCCUUUUGCCCUCAGAACAGCCUCAAUUCAUCAGGGCAUGGACUCUACAAGGUGUCGAAAGCAUUCCACAGGGAUGCUGGCCCAUGUUGAUGCCAAUGCUUCCCACAGUUGUGUCAAGUUACCAUUUUUGAUACACACAGGAAACAGUUGAGCAUGAAAAACCCAGUAACACUGCAGUUCUUGGCAUAAACCGGUGUACCUGGCACCUACCAUACCUCGUUCAAAGGCACUUUUGUCUUUCCCGUUCACCCUCUGAAUGGCACACAUACACAAGCCAUGUCUCAAAGCUUAAUGUCUCCUCCCCUUCAUCUACACUGAUUGAAGUGGACUUAACAGAUGACAUCAGUAAGGGUUCAUAGCGUUCACCUGGUCAGUCUCAUGGAAAGAGCAGUUGUUCCUAAUGUUUUGUACACUGUCGGAUAGAAAUUACUAAGCCCUGUUAAAAAUCCACAUAGGGAUGGAUGUGUGCUACUUUGCAACCAUUAUUAAAACAUGAGCAUAAGUGUCAUUGACUUAAUCAAACUUUAUUUUAACAAAUUUAAAUUACAUUAAAUGUAGCAGAAUUACAACAGUAAUUCCCGUAAAAGCAAAACAAAUUUCACAGUAUAAGAUAUGCAGUUAUUUCAUUUUUGAAACAGUAAAAUCCUCAGUUGAAAAGCAACAGGUGAUUAGUUUGGUAAACUUGUACUGUUAUUGGCACUUCUAAGAAAAUAAAGCCUUGAGCUGCAUAGCAGAGGAUGUUUGACUGCCAGAUUAUCUGUUCAAUGUCAUUCAAUUAAAAAGGUUAAAAAAUUAAGGACUACGACCCAUAUCAGAAAAAGUAAAUUUCACUUCAUCUUGAUUACCAACAUCAAGCGAGAGGUUGAAACAUUUGUAAUGGCUAAUCCUUUAGCCAAGGUAUUACUGGGUAGAUGAGGACACGUUCUGACUGGUAACUGGAUGCUAUGCCAUGUGAUUCAGUGAGUUAAUUGACUAGACUGGUUUGAAUUUGGCAGUACUGCCAUAUACCUUCUCAAUUAAUCCCGUAACCCCUGUCACAAGAGAUUACUUCUCAAUAAAACUGUAAGUGCACCUUGAAAAUAAAUGUUGUUACCCCUGCACAUAGGGAAUAACGAA